AGAGGCACUCCAGCAGACGCUCCAGCAGACUCUCCAGCAGACGCUCUCUGAAUCGCAGGGGCCUCCAGGACGCUCAUCCGCCGCCGCAGCAACAGCACCGUCGGCUGCACAGGACUCACUCCCACUCCGCAUCCAGCUCAUCUCCUGAAUCGCCAAUCCAACAGCAGCCAUGGGUGGAGAAACUCGAAUGCAUCCCUACAAGGCCAAGGAGAAGAAGAAGCAUCUCAAGACCAAAGAGGAGCUGCUGGCCGAGAACGAGCCCCCCGUCGCACCCGAGGGACGCACCGUCAUCGCCCAGUUCAUCUCCUCCGACGACGGAUCCUCGACUGGCCCGCCCCUGAACCUGCCGGCGAAUGUGACUCCGGAGCAGCUCAAGCUGCUGCUGAACGACCUACUGCAGAACGAAGACCCGCUGCCGUACUCGUUCUUUGUAAGCGACAGCGAGAUCACGAACGAUCUCAACACCGACAUCAUCGAGGGCAAGAAGUGCUCGACAGAAGAAACCAUCACGAUUCUGUAUCAACCGCAGGCAGUCUUCCGGAUCCGCAACGUCACCCGGUGCACAUCCUCGCUAACGGGGCACUCCGAGGCCAUCCUGUCAGUGUGCUUCAGUCCAGAUGGCUCCCAGCUGGCAACAGGAUCAGGAGACACCACCGUCCGCAUCUGGGAUCUCAAUACCGAGACCCCGCAGUUCACCCUGACAGGACACAAGAACUGGGUGCAGCACGUCGCAUGGGCCCCGGACUCGUCGAUGCUUGCGUCGGGCGGAAUGGAUACAUCGAUCCGUCUCUGGAACCCCAAAACGGGCAAAGCCAUCGGAACAGACCUGAAGGGCCACACAAAACCGAUCACAAGCAUCGUCUGGGAGCCAUACAUGAGGAGUGCCAACUGCAACCGAUUCGCAACGGGCUCGAUGGACGGUACCGUUCGUGUCUGGGACGCUGUCCAACGGCGGACGCUGUUCACGCUGUCGCAGCACACCGGCCCGGUGAUGUGUGUGAAGUGGGGCGGCGAUGGACUGAUCUACACCGGCUCGCGCGACAAGACCAUCAAAGUUUGGGACUCGGCUGACGGCAAGUUGGUUCGAUCGCUCGAAGGCCACGCACACUGGGUGAAUCACUUGACCCUGAGCACAGACUAUGUGCUGCGAUCCGGCCCAUAUGACCACACCGGCAAGAUCUUUACGUCGCGGGAAGAAGCUCAUCGUGUCGCCAUCGAACGAUACCACCAGUUCAAGGGCCCCAAACCCGAGCGGCUCGCCAGUGGCUCGGACGAUCACACACUCUUUCUGUGGGAGCCGUCGACGACGAAAAAGGCCAUCGCACGCAUGACGGGCCACCAACAGCUGGUCAACCACCUGAGCUUCUCGCCCGACGGCCGGAUGAUUGCCAGCGCCUCCUUCGACAAGAGCGUCAAGCUGUGGGACGGCGUCACCGGAAAAUUCAUCAACACUCUGCGUGGCCACGUCGGCAGCGUCUACCAGACCACCUGGAGCGCCGACAGCCGCAUCGUGCUCAGCGGCAGCAAGGACUCGACCCUCAAGUGCUGGGAUCUCAAGACACACAAGAUCAAGAUGGACCUCCCAGGCCAUCUCGACGAAGUGUUUUCGGUCGACUGGAGCCCCCGUGGCGACCGUGUGGCCAGCGGCGGAAAGGACAGGAUCCUCAAGAUCUGGCGACAGUAGCAAGGAUGCCGAUCAAGGCAAUGUCUCGGACUAUCUGCCGAAUAUAUCUUUGGAUCUUGCCGACCAAACUGAUCGAGAG